UUGCCAAAAAUACGAAGAUGAGCUGAGGGUAUCAGUAUGGAAUGAGUUGUCGCGGAAUGAAGUGUGUUUUCACUGGAAUAGCAGCGCUCUUGUGCCUGUGGCUUCAAGUCCCUGGGUCUUCUUCCCAAUACUUGGAGCAGGAUUGCGGCACAGUGUCUAAAAUAGCACCCAAAAUCAUAGGGGGUACGCCCGCGGGACUAGGAAUGCAUCCUUGGAUGGCCUUUCUGCACACUUCGGAAUACUUCAGAUGCUCUGGUUCCCUUAUCAAUCACUGGUUCGUUCUGACGGCGGCCCACUGCUUUGAGCGAGGGGUGGACUACUAUGUGCGGUUGGGUGAAUACAAUAGAGAUACAGAUGUAGACUCCGAGGGAGAGAGGCACAUGCCUGCCUUCGUGGAGUACAGGGUAGAUAGAGGUUUCAGGCACAUACUCUUCCAAAAGAAGGACUACUCCCACGACAUAGGUUUGCUGAAGCUCAACAAGAGGGUGGAGUACUUAAUUCAUAUCCGACCCAUCUGCAUUCUAGAUAAUAGCAAUAUGAAGUGGCUGGUGGAGGAGGCCACCUCGCUCGAAGCAGUCGGCUGGGGACGGACCUCAUCGGAUCCACAUUCCAAGGGCAGUCGUGUUCUUCAAAAAAAGGAACUGCAGGUCAGGAAUGAAACUUUCUGCGUCCGUGAGUUUACCCGGUUAGUGAAGGACGAACAGAUCUGCGUGGGCAGCGAAAGGGGUAAGCUCUGCAGAGGAGACUCCGGUGGUCCGCAAGGCAGGGCGGUACAGAUAGGGGCUGACGACCAGUUUCGCUUCGUCCAGAUGGGCAUUGCCAGCUAUACGGAGGACGAAUGCAGGAACCUCAGCAUUAUCACCAACGUCGUGAGCCACGCCGAGUGGAUCAAAGGCAUAGUGAAUUGGUAUACCCCGACGAUUAAUCGAAAAAAUAUUAUUUAGGUUCCAAUAAGCCACGUGGCUCUAUAUAAAUAUCGCAGUAUAAAUAUCGCAGUAAGGGGAGCCAGGAUCGGGAAUAAAGCUCUACAGUUUCUGGGUUUUUUAAUGGCCUGAUAACAAUCUGCGUAAAUAAAAAAAUUUGAUGAAUAGAUUUAAGCAUAAAUAAAUAAUAUUUUUGAGCAGACAAUCUUUAUCUAGUAAAAAGUUAAAGUGAUUCUUUAUUUCCUGUAUAAUAAAAAAGGUCAAACAAAAAAUGUCUGAGAGUUAAUUGUUUAUAUAGACUAGCCGAGAUGCUUAUCUUUAAAUAAAUAAUCAUUUUGUAUGUUAA